AUGCCUCCCGUUUAUUGUUUUUACUCAUAUCUACACACAUUGCUUUCUUCUUUUCUUCCUCUUUUUUCUUCUCCUUCUCCUUCCGUUCUUUAUUUCCUUAUCUUAAGAAUUUUUAUCUUUUUUAUUUCGUUUCGUGCCUCCCGUUUAUUGUUUUUACUCAUAUCUACACACAUUGCUUUCUUUUCUUCCUCUUUUUUCUUCUCCUUCUUCUAUUCUUUCUUUACUUAUCUUAAGAGAUGUUAUCUUUUUUCGUAUUUCGUUUCGUUUACCCCAGAUGUUAUUUUUUUAUUUCGUUUCGUUUACCCCGUUUAUUGUUUUUUUUUACUCAUAUCUACACACAUUGCUUUCUUCUUUUCUUCCUCUUUUUUCUUCUCCUUCUCCUUCCGUUCUUUCUUUCCUUAUCUUAAGAGAUGUUAUUUUUUUAUUUCGUUUCGUUUACCCCUUGUUUAUUGCUUUUUUACUCAUAUCUACACAUUGCUUUCUUCUUUUCUUCCUCUUUUUUCUUCUCCUUCUCCUUCCGUUCUUUCUUUCCUUAUCUUAAGAGAUGUUAUUUUUUUAUUUCGUUUCGUUUACUCCGUUUAUUGUUUUUUUUUACUCAUAUCUACACACAUUGCUUUCUUCUUUUCUUCCUCUUCUUUUUCUUCUUCUCCUCCUCCUUCCGUUCUUUCUUUCCUUAUUUUAAUAGCUUUUAUCUUUUUGAUUUCAUUUUUGCCUUCCUCAUGUCUGCACACGUUUUCUUCUUCGUCUCUUCUUUCUUUUCAGUCUGUUCUUCCUUCUUUUUUUCUUUAUUCUACUCCUUCUUUCCAACAUUCAUCCGCCUUUUCCCUCUUUUGUUUAAUGAUAUUUUCGCUAUUGUAUCAUUCUUCUCAUUACCAUAUCAGUAACCCACUGAAUACGUUAACUUAG